AUGGCUAUAUGCCAGUGCUGCAAAAAUUCAUUCACCAAAAAUCAAUCAACUCGGACAUGUUCGAUGUGCGCAGCUACGGUUCAUGAAACAUGUGGUCAACUCGCUGAUGCCGGGGCGGGAUCGCCUGCACAAUUCAAAUGUCUGAAAUGCACUUCGAGCACGAAUGCGCCAAAACCAUUAACUACGGAGCAUUUCCAAGCAAUAAUGGCCGAAUUUUCCUCUCUAAAAAUAACCGUAAAUGCCUGCGAAGGCAAAAUUACUGCUUGCGACGCUAAAAUCGAAACGUUAAACCAGCAUAUUGCAUCCCAGGCUGUAUCCAUUGCCAAUUGCCUUAGACAAGUGGUAGAUGAUAAAGCCGAAGUCCAAAAGAUUCUAACCGAAAUUGGCCUACAGAAUAUAUCUCCAAAACUGACGUUCCGUUUUGGUAAAGCAAACACUGGUCCCAGACCACUUAAGGUCAUAUUUUCAUCGAGUUCUGAUGCCAUGGAAGUUUUGAAAGCCAAGUCUCGCCUAACGUCUCCUCAAUACAAGUCUGUCACCAUGAAAUCGGACUUGACCCCACGUCAGGUUCAACAUCUGAGUACGCUUCGAAAGGAACUGCAAAAACGUACAGAUGAAGAUGAUAUCAUUUUGAUAAGCACUGAACCGACUGAAAACAAUGCUAGCGAGUUUUGUCAAGCAUCGAUACAAAUCGUAUUACAACAAUUAAAAUUGAGUGAAACCUUAACAAUAAGUCGUGAACAAAUGCAAUCAACCAUAGAAAACAAAGCCCAACAAAAAUUUGUCGAUAUUUCAUGA